CAUCACCCUUACAGUGAUAUCGGAAAGUUUAUUUUUCUUCACAACAUUUGGUGAUGAUUUGGCUAACGCUAUACUUUCUUCUAUUCAACAAAUUAUACGCAAAUGAAACAAAAGAGAAGGAGCUUGAUCCUCUGUUCGAAGGAUGGUACAAACAAGAUUUCCAAAAAUGCGCGCAGCCGCUGACAAAACUGGAAGAUUACGGCUGUCUUUCUUACUUCUGGAAUUACGAGCUGGUUAACAUGGAGCUGCUACACGACGAUCCGCCUAUUAUUAUAUAUCGCGAUUUGAUUCGUAAGACUGACAUUAACGCUUUCAUAGCGAACAUCAGAGAUGAACAGAGAAAGAUCAAAAGCAAUCUAAAAGCUCUCCAUCGUGCUACAGAGCUUACAUUUGAACACAGAGCAGUGCUGGGUGCUGCACGGACAUUUGAGAAGAUUUCAAGAUACAUUCCUUUUAUAGACUUUACAAUCAGCGAUCCUUGGCAGGUGCUGGUUUUCGACGAAGGUGCGCAUCUAGCACCGCGUCAUGAGUACAUAAACGUACUUAGCGAAGAUGACAAGUUAAGGUACAAAUUUGGGAACCGCUUUGCUACAUUCACUAUCGCACUCCAGAAAGCAAUGGAGGGUGGCGAGUACCUGUUCAGCUCCAUGUCACGCAAGUACAUUAUGGAAGCAGGUGAUGCGAUGUUGUGGACAAGCAUGGAUGAGUUUGGAGGAAAGGAAUACAAGACGAUGCACGGUGAUUGUCCUGUGAGAGGUGGUGAAAAAAUAACGGCGACACUUCGAUUGCGAGCAAAAGGGCAGUUUUUUCCAAUGUUCGCUGCUGCUUUCGGAUAUUACGACUUUGCGAUGCUUGUUCGUCCCAAUGUAAAGUACCUUGGAAUGACUCCCAUCGAUGACUGGUGGAAAUGAUUUAUUAUCCUAUCAGCAGCAGUCAUCAAGUGAUAGUGCCAAAAAGUUUCAGAUUUUCUUUGUGAAAAAAGAGUACCUUUGUGUUAGAAUAACAUUGUGUCUUUUUUUCAUUACUUUGAUGCCAGUCCAAUGUGCACAAUUAUCACAAUCUCCAACAAUAUUUUGAUUGCUUGCUCAUUGUUCUAUCACUCAUUAUCUGAGUUUAGCAGAGGUUGUAUUACAUUUUUCAUUGAGCUGUGAUGCCUUUACUGAGACAU